AUGAAGAUAUACAAAAUAUCUAAAUCCAUCUCCAACCGGAUCGUGUCGAUCCUGGGCCUGUUCGAGCUGUCAGUGGGAGUGGCGCCACGGGCCGAGGGCGCGUCGGAGCUGGCCGCCGCGCAGCUGGCCGUGCAACACGUCAACCAGCGCGGGCUGCUACCCGGCUACAAACUGCACCUCUUCACCAACGACACCAAAUGUGACCCAGGUGUGGGCGUGGACCGAUUUUUUCACGCAUUGUACACGGAGCGCGACUCCAGGAUGGUCAUGUUACUGGGCUCCGCUUGCUCGGAGGUCACCGAGAGCAUCGCCAAGAUCGUGCCCUACUGGAACAUUGUUCAGGUAUGUGAGCCGAGCGUGGAUAGGUCCUACAACGCGCUGUACACGGAGCGUGACUCCAGGAUGGUCAUGUUACUGGGCUCCGCCUGCUCGGAGGUCACCGAGAGCAUCGCCAAGAUCGUGCCCUACUGGAACAUUGUUCAGGUAUCUUUCGGCUCCACGUCCCCUGCCCUCAGCGACCGCUCCGAGUUCCCGCUGUUCUGUCGCACCGUCGCCCCCGACUCGUCGCACAACCCUGCCAGGAUCGCAUUCAUCAGACAGUUCGGCUGGGACACCGUGACAGCGUUCUCGCAGAACGAGGAGGUGUACUCGUUGGCCGUCAACGAGCUGGUGACGCAGCUGGAAGCCGCCAACAUCACCUGCGCGGCCUCCAUCACCUUCGCAGAGUCCGACUUCAAGGAGCAACUGCAACAGUUAAAGGAACUGGACACCCGAAUAAUCAUUGGUAGUUUUUCUCAGGAGAUGAUUCCCAAAAUAUUUUGUGAGGCUUUCAAGCUAGGAAUGUGGGGCGCGGAGUACGCGUGGGUGGUGGCGGGCGCGCCGCCGCGCCUGCGCGCCUCGCCGCCGUGUGCGCGCGCGCAGCUCGCCACCGCGCUCGAGGGGCUCGUGUCAGUCACCGCGCACAGGGGCAUUGUGGGGGAUGCCGUGUCAUACUCCGGGCUAACUAACGAAAUGUUUCACCGCGAGAUGGCGGCCGCGGGGGUGGCCGUGUCGCCGUACGCGCCGCAAACCUACGACGCGGUCUGGGCCAUCGCCCUGACGCUCUCGAAGGCGGAGCAGCUCUGGCGGAACCUCGACAUGACGCAUUACAACGGGACCCUGCUUAAAGGGGGCGCUAAAAUGGGCUUGAGCCACUUCGAUUACAAUAGAAAGGAUAUGGCUAAAGAGUUCUUGAGUCAAUUGGCGAAUCUUAGUUUUCUUGGAGUUUCGGGACCAGUUUCAUUCAAUGGGGCAGAUAGGAUUGGCACUUCUGCAUUUUAUCAAAUACAAGGAGGACGCCCAAAGACCGUAGCAUUGUACACGCAAGGCCGGGCGCUGGCAUGCGUGGGUUGCGCGCGCGCGGCGUGGGGCGGCGGCGUGCCGGCCGCGCGCCGCGUGCUCGUGCUGCGCGUCGACUCCGUGUGGGCGCCGGCGCGCCUCGCCGUCGCCGCGCUCGCCGCCGCCGGCGUCGCGCUCGCCACGGCGUUCCUGGCGUUCAAUCUGCACUACAGCAAGCGGAGAUCGAUAAAGCUUUCGUCGCCUCGUCUAAAUAACAUGACGCUAAUUGGCUGCGUGUUGGUCUACUCCGCGGUUGCUCUGCUCGGCGUUGAUAACUCUAACCUGCCUCCCUACGUGUCUUUCUCUGCCAUGUGCAUUGGUAGAGUAUACAUCUUAUCAGCGGGAUUUUCCCUCGCUUUCGGCUCCAUGUUCGCAAAAACCUACAGGGUGCACAGGAUAUUUGUCAGCAACCGAAGCGGCAUGUGCAAGACCAAGCUCCUGCAAGACACUCCACUGAUCUCGCUGGUGUGUGCUCUACUGCUGCUGGAUGGCCUGCUGGUCACAUUGUGGGCCGCGCUGGACCCCAUGCAGCGCCAGCUCAAGAAUCUCACGCAGGAGAUCAGCGCCGCCGACCGCAGCGUCGUCUACCAGCCACAGAUAGAAGUAUGCAAAUCUCAAAACACGACUGGCUGGUUAUGCGCGCUUUACGCAUAUAAAGGACUUCUACUAUUAGUGGGCGUAUACAUGGCCUGGGAAACUAGAAACGUUAAAAUAUCAGCCCUUAACGACUCCAAGUACAUCGGCAUCAGCGUCUACUCCGUUGUCAUUACCAGUACGAGUGUUGUUGUUAUUGGGACUAUCAUUUCUGAGAGAGCUACGUUAGCCUACAUAACGAUUACAAGCCUCAUUCUUAUAACAACCACGUCAACUUUGUGUCUGCUGUUCUUGCCGAAGAUUGUAGCAAUAAGGAGUAGUAAAACUGAAGACGACCCCGUUAUUCAGAGCUUGGGGCUAAGGCUGGAAUGUAAGACGCGGCGCUUUGUCACCGACGAAACGCAAGAGCUGCACUUUCGUAUUGAAAUUCAGAAUAAGGUGUACAAGCGCGAAGUGGCCGCGCUGGACAAAGAGAUUGGUCGCUUGGAACGGCUACUCGCAGAGCCACUCGAAUCCGCCACCAGCUCCAACGCUUCCAUUGCACAUCACAAACGAACCGAAUUGAACACCGUAGAAGAAGAAGACCGUUGCCGUUCAGAUCCAGAAAGGAGGACACCGAGCAUCACUGGCGGCUUGCCCAUGCUGUUACUGUCUGUGCUACCGCCGGUCAUCCCUCGCGCCAGCUGGCCCUCCGCCGAGCACUGCCGGGGAAGAAACUCCGUCAGCUUCAGCUCACAACCUAAACUAAACUACCGCAAAUCACAUCCAGCAAUUGACCUAUACAGCCUUUGCUUAAACAAACGUGAAGAACAUCACGGCCUUCUCAGCAGAAUAAGAAGCUUUUUCGGAGGCAGCAGUAGACCGACCAGCAGAAAAGCCUCAACCAUGUCUAUCGCCGACCCUACGGGACAGAGCAUAGCCGCUACUCUAAAGAUGCAUGUAGGUAUGAUCGCUGGAUUAGUUCCAGGGCAUAGGAAACAUUCAAUGGUCUUAUCCUGCAACACUUUAAAUGUACCUUCCUACCCUGAAUUAAAACUAAGACGGGAAUCUUAUGCCAAAAGUGGUCCAAUUAUUCGUAUAACAGACGAUGAGCCAUCCUGUUCCAAGUAUGAAAGACCUCCACAGAAAUACAUUGCAGAACCAGAGACGAAAGUCAACUUUGUAUUACCAACUAUCCACAAAAGACCAAUGUCUCACGAGAACUCUUGUGAAAGAAUAAAAGGGUCACCAAGAUUUCCCCAUAGAAUCUCACCUGCUGCGUCUAGUUUAACUGCCUUGAGCGGGAGAAAGACCAGCGCUGAUAGCGUGUUUAGCAUAACAGGAAGGACCUUUGACGAGCAAAGACGGUAUAGCCACCAGAAUGUGACCAACCAGGAGCCUAAAGGCAAAGCUGUGCUAGAGAGCAGGUGGAAGUCAACGGAGGACGCAAGACCGGGACCCUCGUCAAGGGAUUAGAUGUAAAUUGUGCC